AUGGUGGUCCGCUUCCUCCUGAGUAAUUUGGCAUACUGGAUGGUGGAGUAUGGCUUUGACGGUUUCCGUUUCGACCGCGUGUCGUCCGUGAUCUACGCCCAAUACGGCCGAUGGCUGCCGGAAGACACGAAGAAGCUGGACGAGUAUGUCAACAACUCCAACAAUGUGAACAGCUCUGCCAUCCAGUACUUGAUGCUGGCGACCGGCAUGGCUGAGCAGCUCGCGCAGUCACUGGGGGCCAGUGCCACCAUGAUUGCAGAGGAUCCCACGCUCUUCCCAGGCAUCUGCAAGCCAGUGCAAGAUGGUGGCUUGGGCUUUGAUCUUCGCCAGAACAGCUUCGCAGGCUUGUGGAAAGGACUGCUGCGGAAGAGUGACGAGGAGUGGACGAUGCAGGAGCUCAUGGAUGGCUUGACUGGUGCCCGUUUGGCGCGGAGUGGCGAGGCGCUUGUGGCGGCCAUGCAGAGCUCCAAGGACUGCGCGGUGUCCCGGAAGCCGCUCAAGAUCGCGAUGCUCUCGUGGGAGACCCUUCACACCAUUGCUGUGGGUGGCGUGGCCCCCCACGUCACAGAGCUGGCCGGGGCCCUCAACGGCGCCGGCCACGAGGUCCACAUCUUCACGCGUUCCCAGGGCCAUCCGCAGGACAAUGAGAUCCUUGGUGUCCAUUACCACGAGGUGGGCUACAACACCGCAGGGUGCUUGGUUCAGGACGCGCGCAACAUGUGCGGAGCUUUUGUGCAUGCCCUGAAUGGCCAUGAGUCGGUUUGGGGUCCCUUCGACAUCGUGCACGGACACGACUGGAUGACAGGGCCUGGAAUCAUGGAGCUCAAGGGGCAGGGCAAGCGCGUCGUCUUCACGAUGCACUCCACGGAGGGGGGCCGAAACGGCGACAUGGGCAAGGGCCAUCCAGGCAUCAAGGACUUGGAGCGAUGUUCCUGCGGGGCCGCCGACAAGCUGAUUUGCGUCUCGGGGGUCCUGAAGGAUGAGGUCUGCGGCGUGUGCGGUGCUGAUGGGAAUCGCAUGUCCGUCAUCUACAAUGGCAUUCACGCCACCCCAAUCGCCAACAUGGAGUGGGAGGACGAGUGGAUCGGCAACACCAAGGCUGACAAAGGGUUCGGCCGGAUGGAUCCUAUGUUCCUCUUCGUGGGCCGCCACACCGCCCAGAAGGGCUGCGACCUGCUCAUCGAGGCGAUCCCGCACGUGCUCGGUGCACGAGGCGAUGCUAAGUUCGUGAUUGUGGGCGACGGCCACCUCCUUGCGCACAACCAGGGCCGGGUUCACGCUUUAGGCGUCGGCCAUGCUGUUUGCUUCACCGGCUCCUUGAAAAGUGGCAGCUCCCAUUUGAAGGCACUCUUCAAGUCCUGCGAUGCCGUCGUGGUUCCCAGCCGCAACGAGCCCUUUGGCAUCGUCGUGCUGGAGGCUUGGGCCUCCGGCAAGCCCGUGGUUGCAACGACCUCGGGCGGUCCGAGGGACUUCGUGAAGCCGGGAGAGGAUGGCUAUCUGGUGGAUCCGGACCCCGGAAGCAUUGCCUGGGGCUGCUGCAAGAUCCUUGAGAAUUUCGAGCACUCGAGGUGGAUGGGCAAGAAUGCCCAGGCCAAGGCAGUCAGGGAGUUUAGCUGGGAGAACAUCGCCGUCCAGACGGAGCAGGUCUACUACAGCCUGUUGAACCUGGAGGGCGCCCCCCGCAGCAGCGACAGAGCAGCUGGCGCGCCGAUUGCCAACACUCUGCUCGCGGAGCGCUGCUUCAGCAUGAAGGUCGAGGAUGGCGAUCCGCUGGUCGCGCGCGGCGUUGCGCUGCUAAAGCUCAUGAAGUUGGCGACUGCCUCCCUCAGUGGCGAUGCAGUUUGCACCUGGAUGAGCACCGAGUUUGGCCAGAUUGAUCCGGUCGACAUGCCGCGGCCCGGGAACGGCUUCAAUGAUGAGCCUUCGCGCGUCAAGUUUGAGUUGGCAGACAACAAGGACGAAGAGGGCGGUGUGUGUGCGUAA